ACCACAAGAUUUCUUAAAAUUAAAUUUUCUAACCUAAAUUAAAUCUAACCUCAAAAAUGUUUCUGUUUAGAACACUAAAAACUUUACCAAUCUUUUAUAAAUCGAUUUCAAACACUUUUCCCAUCCUAUAUAACACAGCCCCAACGAAUUUAUUAAGAUCCCUCACCACCACAAAUAAGUUACAAGACCUCACCGAAUUCUUUGAUAUAAAGAAAAAUUGGGGUUUGGAAGAAGUAAAAUCUGGGCGAGCAUGGAAAGUAGAGGAACUGCGUUUAAAAUCAAAUUCAGAUCUCCACAAAUUAUGGUACGUUUUAUUGAAAGAACGGAACAUGUUAUUAACUAUGGAAGAAGAAAGUAAACGUCAAACGAAGCUUUUUCCAAGCCCCGAACGUAUUGAUAAAGUAGAAAUUUCUAUGGAAAAUGUUGAGACGGUUGUAAGAGAAAGAAAUAAAGCUUAUCAUUUAUUAGAAACUGGUGAAACCGGCGAGCGACCAGGAGAAUACAAAGCAGGAGUGUUUGGGUUAAAUUAUUAUUAUAAAAAGCGGGAAUAUGUUAUUCCCAAAUUUAUGAAUGUUAAAUGGAAGAAAACACACGUUUUUCGUUGCAACAAAAAGGAUGUUAAUGAAUUUUUGUUGAAAUAUAACGAAAAGAAGUUUUUGGAAAGGAGAAGAGCUAGGACGAGAAACUUUAAUCAUGUUAUUGGGUUACUUAAAAGAUUCCCAAAUAUUGAUCUUGAAGCUAUUAAAGAGCAAUAUCCUGAUGUUGAUAUAGAUAAAGCUAAAAAUAGUAGGAAAUGUAGGGGACAUUUCGUUCCUAAAUAAGAAAGUUUUUAAUAAAAAUAAAGAAUAAAGUAUUCAUAUUCAUCAAAA